AUGUGCCGUGGUCUGGAGACGGAUGUCGACACCGGUGCUUUGACUGAGUUGCCUGCGCAACUCAAGACAGCAGCUGUGACGGAUGAGACAAUGAAGGGGAGUGACGGGAGCGAGUCUCCAUCUUUCACCUUUACGCCGCCUCCUGCGGAGCCAUCAGAUGUGGAUCUUCCGGCAGCAGAUGGAAGCGUGGAAGUCCCCGACACAGCCAUUCACCACCUUGCAUCAGCCCAUGACCUGGAGCAGGGCCCGGGCGAAUGGCUCAACCAAAAGGAGGACUCGAUGUCGCUCUGGCGCUCCCGCCACCUCCAAUGCAUGGAAUCGUUGGUGCGACAGCGAUGCGCUGCAGAAGAAAUGGAAGAGAAGCUCCGUGAAGAGACCGCACGCAGGAUCCGAGCCGAAGAGCAAGUGGAGAGGCUUACGGUCGUGGCCAAGGCCCUCGCAACUGGAACGAGAGUGCCUGAGCUCGAGGAACAGCUCGUGGCGCAGCGAACCAAGAACUUUCUCCUGAUGGAGACCACGAAACGGCAAGAACAAGAGCUGAAGGAAGCCGCGGAGGUGAAGGAGAAGUAUGAAAGCCUCUGCAGAAAGCACAGGAUCUUGCAGGCUGAGUUCGACAGCCAGUAUGCUGAUCUGGAGAAGCUGCAUCUGGAGCGUAUCGCCGAGUGCACCGAGAUCUUUAACAGAGUGAAUCGAGAGAACCAGCGUCGGCGGCAAGAAGAGGAGUCUCGUUCGUCGCAGGAAACUGCUGCCGGCUCUUCGCAAGACGAGGAGGACAUCUCGACAGUGCCAUCUGAGACUGAAGAAGUGAACAGCAGCAAGGAUCAGGACAGCUCUGACUCAGUGCCUACGCCGCUGAGCCAUCUUCCAGAGCCCGUCGCCGAUCCAAAGCUUCACACUGGAGUGGCGCUCUUGAGCAGCCCAUAUCUGCCUUUUGGAAUGAAUUCUGGAUGGCUGCAUGCCAAGACAGGCUGCUGA